CGUGUAUACUUAAUAAUUAACAUUUGUUCUACGUGUUAUUCAUAUACGCAACUUUCAAAUAUACCGAAAAAAAAGUUAGUCAAAAUGCCAGCAGAAGGUGAUAAAGAACAUAAUUAAAAUUAUAAGAAAGGGAGUGUUCAUCGGAAAGGAAGGAGCAUGUGCGACACAAAACGAUUAAAUUUACAAUAAGGGAAGUAAUAAGGAACACGAGGAUCGUGCGAAAGAAAACGGAGGAUGGAAAUCGGAGAAAAAAGAAAUGAUAAGAAGUGACGAAUAGUGAAAAUGAGAGAGCGAGGAAUGAAUGAGAAGGGGAAGAAGAAGCACGGGAAAUGGGCGGGAAAGAAGGGAAAAGGGUUGGGUAGUUUGUUAAAGAGAAAUCAGUCCUGUUUUCCAGAGUGUGCCUUUAUUCUAGCGUUUGCGCAUUUCGUGGAGUAAAGCGCGUCGGGCGGCGGCGGUAGUUAACGAAUCCCGCGGCAGCAGUCGAUAUUCUUACGCGGACCGAUUAGCCACGAAGUUUCCUCACGGAAGUACAUUCGAACUCAUCGUCGAGAUGCGUUUAAACGCGAGAAGAUAGUUCAACGGAUCUAAUCAAAGAAAGGAUAUCGAAGACAAAAAAAAAAAAAAAAAAAGGGGGGAAAAAUAAGGAAAAAGGAUAAAAAAAAAGGAAAGAGAGAAACAGGAGGAAACAAGAUAAAAUACGGAAUAAAGGGGAAGCAAAUUCGACUCGAGGCAAAACAGGAGAAAGAUAGAACGUUGAUUAGCCUGAAACGUUGGCGAACGAUAACAGCACUCCGAGGAGAGGCUUGCGGCAGACUAUUUCAAUGGUUGGCGAUUCAUGUCGAGAGGUUGUGAUAGCAUACCUUUAACAAUCGCUGUUGUCAGUGAAGAGGUUGCAAAAGUGGCGAUAAACCAGCAUCGAUCGCGCUGACUCGUCGCAUUCUCAGCCGGGUUCUCCUGCAAGAGGUCGGGCUACGGUAAAAGACGAGGACAGAGGACGGCAGAGGAGCAAGAAGGAGAAAGAGAGAGCGAGAGAGAAAGAGAGAGGGGGAGAGAGAGAGAGAGAGAGAGAAAGAGAGAAAGAGAGAAAGAGAGUGUGUGCGCACGUACCCGUAGGAAGGAAAGUAGGGAAAACUUGGGGUGGGAGUUAGAGGGUAAUAGCGAGCAAAAGACGGGAGCCAGUGGUGUACGACUGUUGAUGGACGAUAUUAGGCAGCCAGGAUAAAAGAAAUUCAAGAUAAAUAUACGGCUAAAUUGUUCGCGAAAUGGCGUGGGGUUAUUGGAGCGCAACAUCAGUUAGCGAUCGGGGUCGGUCACCUCGUCGUGAAAAGGAUAAACAACAGCAUCAGAUAUUGCAUCAGCAACAGCAACAGCAGCAGCAUCAGCAACAACAGUAUCUUCAAGCUGAAACGGGAGUUUCGCAGGCGAUAUACGGUGUACCGCAAGUACAAGGUGAGCUUACUGGUGUCAGCUCCUCCUCUGCCGUCUCUACAGGGCCUGGUGCCGGUGCCGCAGUGGAGGAACCACCCUGCAGUAUGAUGAUACAGGGUGGUUCCUUCUAUUCUUAUUCCACGGCUACGGCGGCAGCUGCGACUGCGGCCACUGUUGGGCGUAGGAUACUUCCUGUCGUCGAAGGAGGACCCUCCACCUCUUCGACUGGUAUUCAAGUUUUACCAAGGGAUCGACCUAUUAAAUCGAGUACCAGCACGUAUCCACCAUCGCCGAGCAGCGAUUCAGCCGAAUACGAGCAACCGAUUACCGGUCUACGAAGUGAAUGUUCACCCCAUAACAGUCCCCGUGACGAUAUAUUCGCGCAACCUGGCACCUCCUCAUCCAGGAUGAAACUUUUAUGCGACAAGGAUAUCGAUGACACGUCCGAGAUUGAUAUCGACGAAGUUACCGCGACGGAGAUGAUGUACGCGACCGCUAAUCGAGCUAUAGGGACUAGUACGUGUCGUGUUCAUGGACUGUGCAAUCCACCACUGGAUUCUGCAGGACCUAUGCCGUCUCUGAUCGACGAUACAACUGGAUCUUCGCAAUUUUGGUUCAACGACAUCACCUGGGUUUUUCCUAACGUGCCAUUUCUAACAUACAUACACAUCUACAGACGUGGCGCACGUAGAUGGAGGAAGCUGUACCGAGUGAAUGGUCAUAUAUUUCAGGCGAAACGUUUCAAUCGGCGAGCGUUUUGCGCGUUCUGCCAAGAUCGGAUUUGGGGACUAGGUCGGCAGGGGUUCAAGUGCAUUCAAUGCAAGCUGCUGGUACACAAGAAAUGUCACAAAGUAGUACGCAAACCAUGUUUGAGUGUACAACAACAGCAACAGCAACAGAUGCCAAGCGCAGAAUCGCAGACGAUCGACAGGAAUGGCGAUCAACAACAGCUUGAUUCUGUUCAAUGCAGUCCGGUAACUCAUCUCGAGGAUGAGAUCUCAGAUUCGCCAAUUAUUGAGGAGCAUUCACGCAAUCGAACCGGAAGUGAAGAAAGGGAGGAGUUGCCGUUAGAUACGUUAAAUGAUGCGGACAAUUCCAAUGAUAUGCAGAGGCAAUAUUCGUUAAACGAUUUCGAACUGAUUAGGGUAAUCGGUCGUGGUUCCUACGCGAAAGUUUUGAUGGUAGAAUUGAAGCGUACAAAGAGGAUUUACGCGAUGAAAGUAAUCAAAAAAGCCUUAGUAACGGAUGAUGAGGACAUCGAUUGGGUUCAAACAGAGAAACACGUGUUUGAGACCGCCUCGAAUCAUCCUUUCCUAGUGGGACUUCACUCAUGCUUUCAGACACCUUCUCGUCUCUUCUUUGUAAUUGAGUUUGUACGUGGUGGUGAUCUGAUGUUUCAUAUGCAAAGACAACGCCGACUUCCGGAAGAGCAUGCCAGAUUUUAUGCAGCUGAGAUUAGUCUUGCUUUAAAUUUCUUACACGAAAAAGGUAUUAUAUACAGAGAUUUAAAGUUGGAUAAUGUGUUGCUUGAUCACGAAGGACACGUAAAAUUGACUGAUUAUGGCAUGUGCAAAGAAGGCGUUAGAGAGGGUGAUACAACCGCUACAUUUUGUGGCACUCCAAAUUAUAUAGCGCCUGAAAUAUUGCGGGGUGAAGAUUAUAGUUUCUCUGUAGAUUGGUGGGCGCUUGGUGUACUUCUGUAUGAAAUGCUUGCAGGUCGUAGCCCGUUUGAUAUCGCGGGCGCGUCAGAAAAUCCUGACCAAAAUACCGAAGAUUAUCUAUUCCAAGUUAUUUUACAGAAGACAAUUCGUAUACCAAGGUCGUUAUCGGUCAAAGCAGCAUCUGUGCUUAAAGGUUUCCUUUGUAAAGAUCCAACUGAAAGAUUAGGUUGUGGCAAGAGGCCAACAGCUUUCCUUGACAUUAUUACUCAUUCUUUCUUCAAAGCGAUAGAUUGGGAAAUGUUGGAGCAAAAACAAGUAACACCACCUUACAAACCAAGAUUAGAUUCUGACCGUGACUUAGCUAACUUCCCACCGGAAUUUACAGAUGAACCAGUUCACUUAACACCGGAUGAUCCGAGAGUGAUCGAAAAGAUAGAUCAAAGUGAAUUCGAGGGUUUUGAGUAUGUGAAUCCGUUACUUAUGUCUUUGGAAGACUGUGUGUGACAAGAACCGUUUGUUAGUGU